UCCGGUUAUCGUCACAAGCUGUCAAAGAAAAUAUUAUCUUUUUAAGAUUUUAUCUGUUCGCUCAUCUUAGACGAAAUUGGAAAUUAAUUAGACGAUUAUUCUGUGUUCUUCAUCAGAACGUGUUACACGUUUACCCUUACAUUUUUUCUCUGCAUCAGACGUCUAGACAGGAGGAAGAGAAGUGAGAAUGGAAGAUGAAGAUUUAAUCUAUGAUCAGACGUUGUUACUGAGGAAGGAAACGAAACCAUCAGGAUAUUCAAAAUGGUGUCAGAAGUUUACUAAAACAACAUGUCUUUCCCUAGCUUUCUUCACUCUAGGAUUAUGUAUUGCAAUACCAGGACCAACAUUACUGGAUCUGGGAGACAAAAUAAACACAGACACCACUCAUAUGGCACUGAUAUUCUCUGCCAGGUCUGUUGGUUACUUACUGGGAGCACUAAUUGGUGGUUUCCUGUUUGAUAUCCUUGACAAACAGCUGUUGCUAACGGCAACCUUGUUUGUUGCUGCUGUGGCAACAUUGAUUAUACCCUGGGCAGUGACAUUAAUGGUAUUGGCAGUCAUGUUUUCUUUGCAAGGUGUGGCUAUGGGUGUGCUGGACACAGGGGGAAAUGUAUUCUGUGUACGACUUUGGGGAGUUAAAAGUCCACCGUACAUGCAGGCAUUACACUUUGCCUUUGGUAUAGGAGCAUUCAUUGCUCCACUGAUAGCCCAGCCAUUUCUGUCAAACUCCACAUCUAAUAGUCUUCUUAAUGGAAAUGUACCUGUAAUAACAAAUACAAGUCUCUUAAUAAAUUAUCAUAAUGACUCUGAUAGUGGCCGAGGUAAGAGGGAUUCAUCAUUCACUAAUCAGACAUUGGAAAAUAACAUGACAUUUACAACAGACAAUUUUAAUGUGAGUCUGGGAACAACAAUGAUUACAACAACAACAACUGUCAAACCAAAUAUUGUUAAAAAGCCUUCAAUCACAGAUGGAGGUUUAUUACCUGAUAACACUAGGGAUGGAAGUCAAAUCAGACAGCAUUUAGACAACAAUAAGCCAUUAGAUGAUGGAAAAACUAAAACAAAACGACCAUUGUCUUCCCUGACAGUUCCAUUACAAAAUAAAACAGAGGGUAAAAGAUUGGAGAAUAAUGGAACAAAACAGCUGAUGACUGAGAAUAAUGGAACAGAACAGCUAAUGACUGAGAAUAAUGGCACUAUGUUUCAUAAUGAAAGUUUGCAUGUCAAUGGUUCUUCAUUGUCCAAUAUAACAACCAUUUCCACAACCAGGUCCACUACUACAACAACCACACCCACCACGAAGACAACCACAUCCACCACGGCAACAACCUCACCCACCAUGAAGACAACCACAUCUACCACGACAAAACCCACAACUACAACAACCACAACGACGACACCCACAACUACAACAACCACAACGAUGACACCCACAGCCACAACAACCACAAUGACGACACCCAAAACCACAACGACAACACCCACAACUACAACAACCACCAGGACAACAACAACAAGGUCCACCAAAACAACAAUACUUCCUUCAACUAAGGGAAAAACUUCACCAGCUGAAACAGAAAAUCCAAAGACAAUCACAACUUCCAUGAAGAAAUCUAAACCAACAACACUGUCCAGUUUGAUAGAGGACCAUACAGAAUUUAAUGAAUCAUUAACAACAACUAGUCACAAACCACAAACAGUAGGUGAUUUUGUCAGUUCUAUGAUAGAUUCUGUCAAAAACAUGUCUCGUAUACAGUUUGCAUACACUAUAAUAGCACUGUUGUUAUUUGUAAGUUCAACACUUUUUCUGGUGUUGUAUUGCUUCACCAAACGCAAGAGGGACAAUGAAGAAAUGGACGAUUUAAAUGAAAUUUCAAUGCAUACAGAGAACACUUGCAUUCGUUUAGUGACAUUAAUGUUUUCAUUUGUUUUCUUUUUGUGUUAUGUUGGCAUGGAAACAACAUUUGGAGGUUUGGUCAUGACAUUUGCUGUAGAAUUCGCCCAUUGGACAAAGUCCCAAGGUGCUAUAGUGACUUCCAUAUUUUGGGGAUCCCUUGCAAUGGGGAGAGGAUUUGCUAUAUUUAUAUCAAACUGCUGUAAGCCUCGAACAAUGCUGAUAGUUGAUCUUAUAUUCAUGAUGAUUGGUGCUUUGAUUUUAGCAUUUGGAGUUCAGAAGCUGAAUAUACUGUUAUGGCUAGGUACUAUAUUCUUAGGAAUAGGACUUUCAUCCAUUUUUCCAACCAGUGUCACAUGGAUUGAACAAUAUUUCAAAAUUACUGGUAAAUCUACCGCAGUGUUUGUAACCGGUUCAGCCAUUGGUCAAAUGACAUUGCCAGUGGCAACUGGGUAUUUAUACCAAAACUAUGACAAGCAGUACUUAAUGUACAUUAUUUUGUGUUUGAGUGUUUUGACAGUCAUUUUAUAUAUUAUAAUGCAGUGUUUAGCCAGUAAAGCUAGUAAGACUGUGUCUAGUGGAUUUUUACGCUUGGAUGAUUUGGAUAUGGACACUCCAGCCUACAGUUCUACAGAUGAAUCUUCCAGUCGCAAAUUUAUGCCAGUACACAAUGGGUAUGAUUUGUUAAUGCAGGAUGCAGAUGACGAAUUGUAGCAUUUGUGAAUAGAACUACUAAUGUAUAAUAGUAAUAUAAUUAACCAUUAUUACUGCAGGAUGAUAAAUUGUAUCAUUAUUGUAUAGGACCACUAAUGUAGUAAUUAAUUUCUUCCAUUCCUCUGUCCAUAUCUUAAAGUUGAAUAUGUGCAAAUGCUCAUCAUGCUCAUAGUGGCUUGUUUCAAAAUGGGAUAUUUUCACAGAUGUGGUUAAAUUUUAGGGGUACAAAGUGAGAUUAAAUUUUUCUCAAAUUAGGAAAUCCUAUAUAUAGGUAAAAAGUCCAUAUUUGCAAACAAUUAAAAUCUCUGGAAGAUCUGUUAUUUACAAAUAUUUAAUAUUUUAAAAGUUUUUACAUCUGUAUUGUACAUGCAGUCUUUUCCUUUUCAAUAAAACACAAAUGUUAAGCUCAGUCAAUUUCUAAUUACAGUAUAUACGUAUAGUUCCUCAGUUUGAGGCGCACUUAAGGUUUAUUGACCCAAAUGUUGUUGAAAGUAAGACAACUUUUGAAUUAGAAAUAUUUUGUUUGUUAUUCCAGAGCUAUAUGAUUUUAACAAACAGAUUUAAGACUAUUCUAUACAUGUCACUCACUAGCUCGCCUCUGCUGAAUCUAAAUUAAUUAGCUUUUAAAAACAAAUAUCACAUUAAAACAAAUACACAUUCAUUAAAUAUGUAUCUAUGAACAUAUUACAAAUUUCUAGUUUGAAAUGUAUAUUGAUAUAUAAUGUAGUAUUUUGAAAUCCACCAGAACAAACAUGAACUAUCUGUGAUUUUUUUGUUGUACAUGACUGUGAUGUUUAUGAUGAUUAGUUAAAGUACAUAAGAUAUACAUAUACUAUAUAUUUGUGUGAGCCUGUAUAACGUCAAUCCAUUAUCCUGCUUCAGUUGUAUUGCCUCCUUACCUACCUCCCCUGUUAAGAUCUGUUAGGUAACAUAUUCUGGGAAUCUUUCAAUCAGUAAAAUUGUAUUAUAAAGCAUGGACUAUUCCAUAUCUAUUUAUAAGAAGACUUUGUCAUCAGAAACUUUUCUUUAUAUGAGUAAAAGCAUAGAAAGUUCAUUACUACAGAACAAUGACACUGCUUUAUUUCCCAAAAUUAUUUGAGGGUUUACUGUAAUAAAACAUUGACAUUUCCAUGUCAGUAUACAGAUGAUAUAUUGUCAGUGAAGGGUGCAAAUUUAAGUCAAGUCAAGUUUCUUAUAAGGCAAAAAAUAACAAAAAUUUUGUGCAUGUCACAGAUUGAAAUGUAGAAAUAUUUAUGUAACAUAUACAACAAGUUUUAUUUAAAAACUAGAAUACUUUUUUGUUACAAAGUUAGAGUAUUUAACACACUAUGACAUGCUCUUUUUUCUAUCAAAGUUAGAGUAUUUAACACAGUAUGACAUGCUCUUAUUUUUGUCGAGCCUGCGACUUUUGUCGCAAAAGCGAGACAUAGCGAUCCUACAUUCCAUAGUCGGUGUCGUCGGCAGCGGCGGGUCCACAAUUAUUCACUCUGUAAAGUUUUUGAAAUUUUAAUAACUUUCUUAAACUAUCCUUGAUUUCUACCAAACUUGGACAGAAACUUGUUUAUGAUCAUUAGAUGAGUAUCCAGAAGUAAAUUUUGUAAAAAAAAAAAUCCUAUUUAUCCGCAUUUUACCUAUAAAUGGACUUAUUUUUCUGCCAGUUAGCAAUACAUUCACUCUGUGGUUACAGUUUUAAAAAAUUUUAAUAACUUUCUUAAACUAUCCUGGAUUUGUACCAACGUUGGACAGAAGCUUGUUUAUGAUCAAAAGCUAGUAUCUAUGGAAGAAAAUUUUGUAAAAAUUUAUUUCCUGUUUUCCGUAUAUUAUAAAUGGACUUAGUUUUUCUUCCAGUUAACAUUACAUACAGUCUGUGGUUAAAGUUUUUUAAAACAUUUAUUAGAUUCAUAAACCAUCCUAGAUUUUUACCAAACUUGGAUAGAAGCUUUUAACAAUCAAAAGAUAGUAUAUAGAGAAAUUUUUAAUAAAUUUUUUUUGUCGAGCCUGCGACUAACAGCAAAAGUAGGCGAGACACUGAGUUCCGCAGAACCCUUACAAAUUUUUAUCAUAUUGUUGUGAAAAUUACAAGCUGCAAGAAGAAAAACAGUUGUUUCCCUUUUUAUGGUUUUGUUCAUAUUAUUAAGAUCUAUUAAUGAGAUUAUUUUGAACAUUAAUGAAAAAAAAAGUUAUUUAUAAAGAGGAGAUAAUCUAGGGCGGGAGGUGGGAGAAGGGUACCCCCUUGUCCACCCCCUCAGCCUUUGUAGUCUUAUGGUAGUGUUCUAGUCUUCAUUAAUUCCCACCUUAUUUAAACCAUAGAUAUUUGAUAUUUAUUGUAUGGUCAUGUAAGAGCUAUAACAUGUGUCUUUUUGUUGACUGAACCUAGACAGUCAGGUAGUGUCAGUUUACUACAAAGUUUGUAUAUCAGGAUCAAAAUAUGGUAUUGUCCUCAAUAGGCAUAUGCUAUUUAUCAUCAAAUAAUUCAACAAUGAAGUAUACUAGUCUAAAUGGUCUGGCUACCUGACCUUUGUCCAGUUGGCGCAACUUUUCUAAACAGGUCUAUAUUGAUGUAUUUCCCUCAGUUUUAGUUUUUAACCAGGAUUUGUUUUCUCUCAAUCGAUUUAUGACUUUUGAAUAGUGAUAUACUAUUGUUGGCUUUAUUUAUCUAUAAAGAUAAAUUAAUUAGUCAUUGGUUUAUGGGGAGAAUGUGUUAUAUGACGGCUGUUUGGAGUUAGUACUAGUAGGUAUAUAUGAGGGUCUCUUGUGAUGUAUUGGUCUAGAUAGUAACACUACCUGAUGGAAAGCAUAUUUAUUAUCAAUGUGAAGAGAAAAUGUAAUAUUUGACAACAAGGUUGCAACCAUACCAAAAUUAUAAAUCGCAAUAGUUUAUAAUGUAAAAAAAAAUGUUCUGAAAGCCAUAAUACUUUUAGUACACAGAAUUUGUUGUAUUUUUAUUAGUAGUACUUAAAGGUAUUGUUUAUUUUUGUGUAUUUUUUAGUUUGUUUUGUGUGUAACUGUAUCUGAUGUAUUAUUAUGAAAUACUCCGACUGACUCAUUGUAUUAUUGUUUGUUGGAUAGAAUACUCCUAUAAUUAUGAUGACGAUUGUGAUGAUUGUAAGUCAGUCAUUGUAUACUGGUAUCAAUAAAAUCAAUAUUUGAUAUA